AUCUCCGUGACGUCACGCGCGGAUACAGCAGAUGCCCUUACUGCCUCCUCGCUGCUUUCUUAUUUUCUUUAUGAAUAAAAAAGGUUUAUUUUAUUAACGCCUGAAGGGGCAGCGGCGGCACGAACAUGCAGAAGAGCUCGGUGGUCGUGGUGGCGGAUAAAACGAGCCUGAAAAGGCCGUUUAUUUUCGCUAACGCUGUACAUAUGGCCCUGUGCUUCUUCAUGCUGAAAAUGACUGUCAUUUGGCACGGGGACCUCCUUCAAACUGGCAAAAUGGUGCCUAGUAUUCCUGUAGCGAUGAUGUACGCCAUCGAGGUUGGCUGCCUGCUGCUCUCAGYGCUCGGCGUGUUCGGAGCCUGCAAAGGAAAAAGAUGGUGUUUGAUUCUGUAUGCAGCGGGGAUGGCUGCAGUCAGUCAAACAAUUAUUAUUAGAACAGCACUGAGUUACCAAGAUGUUUAUGAGAAACGCGUUGUACGUGAUGAGUCCAGGCUGCUGGCUAUGAUGCCGCUCAGUGGACCCAGCAAAGGCAACAGGACGUUGCUCCAUAAUAUCCAAGAGGAGUUUGAAUGCUGCGGUCUUAUUGAAGGCUACAAAGACUGGGGCCCUUCCAUCCCUGCUUCCUGUAACUGUCAUUAUCCAGGAAAAUGCAUUCGACUACGGAGCAGUGUGACGCUCGGAGCGCCGAAGAACCAGUACGUUUAUCGAGAGCCUUGCCUCCCGAUUUACGUGUCCGAGCUGAAGCUGGCCUUCUUCCUGGUGAUGGCCAUCCAGUUUGGCAGCGCGGUGUUUUGGAUUAUUUUACUCGUCAUGAGCAUCAAACUGAUGGGGCAGGUCAAAAAGAAGCAGGAGUUUAUCGCUCUUCUCCAGUCCAACAGAUACGUCCCCGGUGCUUUCUAGUGCUGCGAAGCAGUGCGUUUUUUAACACACUUGGAGUUACUCUCGAACAUACACGGUUGGAAUUUGCACAUUAUGCUGUAUCAACAUAACCUGGCUAUUUUGUGCUGUAGCAAUAUAUGUUAUGAUUUUAUACAUGUUAUUGCAUGUAAUUGACAUUUAAAGGUAAUCUACACGCAUAGAUUGCAAACAAAUAUUAAGCCUUACUGCUGUAAAAAGAAGAAAUUUAUUGAAAUUUAAUAGUCUGAGUAUUUACAUUUUUAAAUGUUGUUCCAAAGUUGUUGUUUUGCCAAUUUUUUUUUAAGUUUGCUUUUUAAGAUUGUUUGGUGCUUAAUUGGGGAUUUUAUUUCUUGGGGACAUGUUAUACAUGUUUUAUGGUUAUUAUUUUCCAUCCAUCAUUACAGUGCCUCUACGCAUUUUCUAUUUUAUUGUUUUUUUUGGCAGUUUUUUUUACGUGCGAUCACUAACAAUUUGACAAAAUUGGAGGUUAGAGCUGUCUACAGCAGUUUAAAUUAAUCCUAAAUUGUUGACAGAGCCCCUCUUUAAAGUGUCUGAACUGUUGUUUUACACAAGCACAAACCCAAAAGCACCACAAGAAGUGAAUAUUAUUUUUAUUUUUAUUAUUAUUAUCAUUAUUAUAACAUUUCAUGUUUUAUUCACCUGAAAUGAGCACAAAGCUGGUUAUGCAUCGAACAUUUGUUUAUGCCGACACCAAAYCCUCGUCUUCCUUGUUUCUUUUCGUUGCAGCUCCUCUCAGUCUGCACGUUUUCUUUAUUUUUAUCACCAUUAGGCAAAUAUUUUUAUUUCUUUACGUCCAGUUUCCAUGAUAACUUUGCUCUGGUGAGUUAGCCUCUCAUUUCUCACACUGUUGCAUAUUUUAUUAUAAUGUUCCCCUGUUUUUUUUCUUACAUUUGGACACAUUUUUGGGGGCAGAGAAACAGAUCUCUUCUAGUUUUUGCUCUUUUUCUUGUUCACACAUCAAACCAAAGUCCACUUAAACACGAAAAAAAAAACAACACCUAAAAGUUUAACUCAGCAUGUUUCAACAUUAUUCCUAAUUGUAGAACCUUUUUAAAGUGUUUACAAUACAUUUCUUUUGAAGCAUAAAUAAGAAAUGUAUUUUCUUGCGUAAUAUUAAAUUAGACAAAGGACUGAGCCCUGUGGCUCGUUUUGACACCAGAAUGUCUCGACUCCUUUAUGCACAAACUGUAAAUACACACAGGAACUGAAUGGGUGAAUUAUACGCUAUCAUGGCCAGCUGAUGGCAGAAAAGGGGCUGUUUUUGUUGCACGUUCAGCAGACAUGUAGUUAGGGUUCAGAUGUUUGGAUUUUAAUGUUUGCAGACAGGUUGGCAAGGCCACUGUGGAGACGAGAGAAGAAUUGAUUUCCUCGUCUGAAGCUACCGGAGCAGGAGGAGUUGUAACGAUGCUCUGAAUGAGAAUCUCUUCUGGCCCAAAUUUWAAAAAAAAAGGUAAAUCUAUUGUCUGAAACAACAGAUACUGUCUUCCUGUGCACUUAAACCAUAAAUGCCUGAUGAACAGUCUGUUCUUAUUUCUGUCACAUCUUGUUUUUUUAUGAGUUGAAUGCGUUGUAAAAUUUUGUAAAUAGAAGGAAUAAAAUGUGAUUCUUC